AUGGAUUCGAAUGUCAGUAAUACAGAAACACCAAAUGAUACUGACUCACCCCACACAUCGACCCAACCAAAACCCUCGAAUCGUUCAAUAUCACCGUUAACAAAAAUCCCGUUGGAAGAAAGUGAACAGAAUCCAAACUUAAGGCAAGAAUCUUAUUCUUCUAUAGGCUCAUCGCUGGAUGGAUCAUCAAGGAGUUAUAGAGAAGAUAGUGCAUUUGGGACAGAAGAAAACGAUGAACGGCAACCACUAUUGGUUGUUCGUAGCAGUGAAUCAGUUGACGAGAUAGCAAAGGAUUAUUUUAGUUAUGAAAACAACAAAGCAUUCAUUUAUACAUUGUUGGCUCUCCUCGGGUUAGCAUUUUUUUUCUAUUUGACAUUUCAGCAGCUGGAUAGCUUGGUGAUGCUGGCCAUUGAUACAAAAUUUCAUAGCUUAUCUAUAAUGGAUUUGAAUAACGAUGGACUUGAUUUCCAUGUGCUUGGAUCCGUAUCCAUGCAUUAUAAUAACAUUGAAAAUCACUUUUAUCGGUUUUUUAUGAAAUUGGCAUCAAUUAUCAUCGGAAGCGUUAUUGUUAUUCCAAAUGAUGCUGUGAAGUUGUUUGCGGCAUUGGAAGGAAGGAAUGAAUCGUUACAUGUACUAAAUAUUUACCCUCCAGACAUACAGGUUGAUAUUGCCAACAAUGCAUUAACUGAGAUUGACUUUAUAAGUAAGUCAGAAUUGGUUGAGGAGAACAUAGUUAAGUUUCUUAAUACACUAGAAGAUUCUAAUAAGGAAGAACUAGUUGUGAAGCUAAGUGGUAUAUUUGACUCGACCAUUGAAUCCAAAUUAUUCGAAUAUUCUACUAAAAAUGCCAGGUUUUACCUUGAUUAUAGUUUGAAUAAAACUGACUUAUCCCCAUCUAUAUUGCUUGACCACUUGACUGUGCAGCAAAAUCCCGAGAAUAAUACAGAGAUUGAAUUUUACAGCUCAAUCAGUAUGGAUAAUAAAUUUCCUAUAAACGUCGAAUUGGAAUCAAUCGAUUGGGAUGUAUAUAUUGCAGGUUGUCAUAAAGAACUAAUUAAGGUUGGGGAGUGGCAAAGUUCGAGCUUAUCAAUACAGCCUGACAAUUCAAUAGAGUUUGAUAUUAAUGGAAUUGUACGGGAAAUCCCCGAUAAAUUAGUAGAAAAUUGUGAUGAUAAUAAGACUGUAAUAAACAAAAUGGUUCAAGACUACUUGCAAGGCAAAGCAACUUCAAUUAACAUAAGUGCAUCAAACAGUGAAAAGAACCAAAAGACCUUACCAAGGUGGCUCUUAUUCGUCUUAAACAAAUCGGGCUAUAAACUACUGGUUGGUUUACCGUAUUACGAGGGCGAUAUUAGCAGCUACAUCAAGAGCUACGAUAUAAGCACCCUUUUUGUAGAAUUGCUAUCAUCAAAGUCUCAUGAACUGUUCAGCUAUGCUUUGAGCUCUAAUGUUUCCAUGAUAACCACAUUUCCAGGAAUAUUUGAUAUUAAGCUUAACCUUCCAAGGUUUCAAAGUAGUAUUGCUAUGAGAGACGAGUCGGAAACGAUAAUGAAGGGAUGGUCAAACACAGAUAAUACGAUGAACUUACAUAGAUACGACGAUGAAAACCUUUUGAAAUGGGAUAUAGGGGUCUCGAAUUUCGAAGCUGAUAAUAUAGAACCCGUCAAAUUGGGCAAGUUGGCAAACAAUCUACUUAACGGAGACGACAUAAGGGUCCCAAUAUACUUGGACAUGAUACUUGAUGAAAUAGAAUUGUCGAUGCCCAUUCUUACAACUACCUUGAAACACCUAAUUUUGCCUCGCAUACAGUUGAAUAAGCCUACGGAAUCUAUCAACUCGAUUGACGAUAUUAUUGAUACUUUGAAUAUAACUGUCGAUAACAUCAUAUACGUCGAUUCGAGUAAGGAGGAGUUAACAUUGAUGAUCGACUGCAGCUUGUUGAAUCCUACGAAUAUAUCCAUUGACAUACCUGAGGACAACAUUUCGCUUCAACUUAGAUACAACGAGACAAUCAUUGGCAGUGUUAGUGCAACCGAUAUAUUGAUUCCCCAAACCGAUGACUAUUUCAACAUGAGCGUUUAUCUCAAUUUGAAUGCAACUACGACACAUGGCAAGGUCAUGUUGGAAAUGCUUAUCGGUGAAUUUAUAUCUGGCUACGAGGAUCUUUAUUUCUCGGUGGAAGGCACCAACAAAUCCUCAUCGAGCAAUGGACUUAGCGAUUUCUUAUCUCAGAUAGCCAUCAAUGAUAUUCGAGUGCCCAACGUAUCGUUUUCAUCGCAAUGGGUGGAAAACCACCCCCAACUACUUGAAGCCCACCCCAAACACCAGUCACCCUUCCUCAUCGAUGCCACCAUCCACAUAUUUUCGUCCGAAAUAGAACUAACGCUCCUCAAUCCUCUCGAAAAUGCCGAGAUUGCCGUCAAAGUAUACCAGGCCCAGGCUUCGUACGAGAACACCAAGUUGGGCCAUAUGCAGCCUGAUCAAUAUUUGCUUAUCCCUCCUGGGGUAUACAAAACCCCUCGCAUUCCUUUUGUUAUGGAUAGUAACAUAGGAAUGGACAUCUUGCGCAAAGCCUUAAACGGUAGCUUGCGGGUCCAAGUUCUAGCGGUAUUUAUGGCCAACAUUGGCGAAUUCGAUCUCCUGUUACUAUAUGAGGGUAGUAAUCUCAGUGCAGCCAUUCGGUGGUAA